UUCCAGAAAGGUAAUUUCAGAUAAAAUCAGCAGUGGAACCGCUUCCCCUGACUUCUCCUUCCAACACAGAAACAAGUGCAUAGUCCUUUGCAUCUACUUUACUGCAAAUGACCAAAAUUACAAAGUUCAAGAUUGGAAUUUGUCAGCUGAAAGUUACUAUAGAGAAGAAUGCCAACAUUUCUCAGGCUCGAAAUCUAAUCCAUGCUGCUGCAGAACAAGGCGCAAACCUUAUACUAUUGCCUGAAAUGUGGAACUGCCCAUAUUCAGCUGAUCUGUUUGCAGAGUUUGCCGAGAACUUGAAUGAUAUAAACAGCUCGCCUUCGUCUCUAAUGUUAUCUGAAGUGGCUUACUCCCUAGGAGUCACCAUUAUAGGUGGAUCAAUUCCAGAAAGGGAUGCGAGUAGUGGUAGAUUGUACAAUACUUGCUGUGUGUUUGGAUCCAAUGGAGAAUUAAAGGCUAAGCACAGGAAAAUACAUUUGUUUGAUAUGGGUAAGCCAUUACCAGGAGAUGUUCACUUUAAGGAAUCAGAUACUUUUUCAGCAGGAGAGAAGCCUACCGUCGUUGAAACAGAUUUUGGUUGCAUUGGCAUAGGAAUUUGCCAUGACCUUCGUUUCCCUGAGCUCGCGAUUCUGUAUAGAGCAAGAGGUGCUCAUCUAAUUUGUUAUCCUGGAGCUUUCAACAUGAGUACAGGGGAGGCUUUGUGGGAACUGGAACAGAGAACAAGGGCAGUCGAUAACCAGCUUUAUGCGGCAACUUGCUCUCCAUGUCGAGACUCGGCUGGUAGCUACAUGAUAUGGGGUCAUUCUACUGUGGUUGGACCAGUAUGUUACAGAUGGGUGAAAUUAUUGGAACCACAGGGCACGAGGAAACAGUUCUAAUUGCUGAGAUUGAUUAUGCUAAGAUUCAACUUACAAGGGACAGCUUUUCCUUGGAGAACCAAAGGCGCGACAAUGUCUAUCGUUUUAUUGACUUGCAUCAAGAAAGUCCUUAAGGCUUUGAUAUAUGAUACAAUAAUCUGUUCAUGUAAUAAGUUUGAAAUGUUAAUCAUUUUAAGGGAAUUAAUAGGUUUGCUUACUAGUAAA